AUGUCGGGGUCGGAAAAGCCAUUUGAAGUAUCCCAAGGGGUGGUGAGUUAUACCACCACCUCUUAUCCAGCCAUAGCCAACCCCACCCUCCCCGCAGAGGGCAACGCCUCUUUUUCAAACUAUCAUCUAGCAGCAAUCGUGUUGUUCGUCCCCUGGGUCAUCACAAAGAUUUUUCCUUGGCGUACAUCAUGGACCGGCUACUUUAUCCUGUAUGGACCCAGAUUGAACGAGAAGAUACCUCUACCUGGUAAACCUCAAGACGAGUAUAUCACGAUUCUAUCCGACUCUCUGAAGAAGAGGUAUGAAGGGAAGAAAAUCCCUAUGCAGGUGUUUCACGACGCAUACUUUGAUGGGAAGAUAGAUUUCAAGGAUGAUGUGUUGAAAAUCAUGGAAUACAGACAUGACUGGGCGUCUUUUGAAUUCACACCACCUCUUUUCAAAUACGUCUUCACCAACCUCAUCCCUGAGGUAGUCAUUCAUUCCUCUUCUCAAGACGAAGAACAAGUCAGAGAGCACUAUGAUCGAGGUGAUGACUUCUAUUCUUGGUUUCUCGGUCCACGCAUGGUGUACACCUCGGGCGUGAUAAAGGAUAUCAACCGUAUGGAGACACUGGAAGAGUUGCAAGAUAACAAGAUGACCAUGGUGUGUGAAAAGCUCGCUCUCAAACCUGGUGACAAAAUGUUGGAUAUCGGAUGUGGUUGGGGGACUUUGGUCACUCACGCCGCGAAGAACUAUGGCGUCGACGUUACCGGAGUCACUCUGGCAAAAAACCAAACAGUUUUCGGCAACGCUCGUCUUCGUGAGAAUGGAAUACCCGAAUCUCAAGGUCGGGUAUUAUGUACAGACUUCCGUGAUCUUCCCAAGGAGAAAGGUUACUACAACAAGAUAUCAUGUUUGGAGAUGGCUGAACAUGUGGGUAUUAGAAGAUACUCAAAGUUUCUUAAAGAAGUGUAUGAUCUGUUGGCAGACGAUGGGAUUUUGGUAUUUCAAGUUGCGGGAAUUAGGACUUGUUGGCAGUUUGAGGAUCUUAUUUGGGGAUUGUUUAUGAACAAAUACGUUUUCCCCGGUGCCGACGCUUCCCUGCCCCUCGGAUGGGUAAUAUCCAAACUCGAAUCGGCCAAUUUCGAAGUCAAGUCUGUCGAUGUGUUGGGCGUUCACUACUCAGCAACGAUCUACCGAUGGUAUCUCAACUGGGUGUCAAAUAAAGACAAAGUGGUUGAGAAGUAUGGGGUGAGGUGGUAUAGGAUCUGGGUGUAUUUCUUGGCAUAUUCAGUCAUUGCUUCUCGUCAAGGUACAGCGUCUGUAUUCCAGAUCACGUUGCACAAAAACCUGAAUGGAUUCCAUCGAGUUGAAGGUAUCCCCUCGCACGGUUCUCUACACGCUCCAAUCUCGAGAGAAAUCAAACCUGUCAUCUCUCAUACCGAAAUGUGGCCAGAUCAUUGA